AUGCGGGUGCUGACGCUGAGCUCGCUGGUCGUCUCGGCCUUGGGAGGCCAUGCGCGCCGACCGAGCGCACCAGGCCUCUGGUCGGCGUUUGCCGACGGCCUCGCGGACGCUACGUACAUUGAUUUGACGCACACGCUGACGCCGACGACGCCGGUUUGGAGCGGCGACGUCUACCCCCAAGAGUUUUUGCAGGCCAAAAACAAGUCGUCGGGCGCUCCGUUUGCAUGGGCGACCGACGGGUUCGCUGCCAACGCGUACGAGCUCCAUACCGACAACAUUGACACGCAAUUGGACCCACCCGCGCACUGGGACCCAGCGUACCCGGCGAUCGACGAGCUCCCGCCGACGUUCGCCGUGCGCCCGCUCGUCGUGCUCGACAUCGUCGACAAGGUCAAGGCCGAUGCGGGCUACCAGCUCCAAGUCGGCGACAUUUUGAGCUGGGAAAAGCAGUUCAAGACCAAGAUUCCAAAAGGCGCCGUCGUCUUUGUCCGCUCCGACUG